GGCUUGUAAAAGGAAGGCUACCCGCUCUUAAAAAGAAAAGAAAGGCAAUUAAAGCUCUGCGAGCCAGCUGGAAGGAGGCAAAGGGGAACAGGAAAAAAGCCGCGGAGUAGCCUAAGAAGCACUCAAUAGCAGCAAUUACCAGCAGCUUACAAGGCGGCGAAGGAGUUUGUUUAUGUUUCUUUCAUCUGCUUGGUUGAGACAUUUAGCAGAGGAAUGGCUUAAGAACUCUUUUUUCUUUGGAGCAGUGGUUUUUUUCUCCUUUUUUGGGGUGUGCUAUUGACCAAUCUUUAAUGGAACUUGAAAAGCUUUGAGAAACCUUGGUGAAGAAUUUAUUGAAAGACUAACUGAACUUUGGAGAGGAUUGAAGCAUUAUUAAUAUUAUUGGAGUACCAUAUCUAUUAUGAAAUGUCUUUUCUGAGAAAGCUGUGAGCAGUGGAAGUUGGUUCAUUACUCCUGGUGAGGAAAGGAUACUUCUGGGUGCCAAGUAACGCUGAAGUUUUGACUGGCCCUUUGCUUUCUUUUUGUUGUGGGUUUGAUAUUCCUUAUGGAUAUAUGCUUAUUUCUCUAACUUGAAGAUCCUUCUAUUAUAAGACUAUUAAGACUAUUUUUGCAACUUUGACGGAUGUUUAUAAUUCAUUGUGUUUGAACACCUUACUCUAAGGAGAAGUUUCUAUUGAAGCCAAGAAACAACUAACUAAGAAGUAGGGGCCCUUCACCUCACUUCAUUCCUCUUCUGGAUUUAACAUAUACAAUAGAAGAACCCAAGGAUUGGACUAAAUUUGUAUAAGAACAUCACAAAGUGACUAUUUGUGUAUGGACACUAGAAGUUCUGUUCGUAGAAAAGAAGCUAAAGAACAAAGUAAUAAUAUGGCACCACCCAAAAAAACUUUGACUCAAAGCCAAUUGCAGUUAACAACUCAAAGGAGAGGAUCAUUGGAAGAUAGUAUCAAGGUCACAGAUCCUAAUAUUUUGCUAUUGGAUGAAAUCAGGAAAAUUAGACAAGAAAUGAUAGAAUUAAGAUCAGAAUUGAAAGAGGACAUUAAGGAAGCGAGUCAGGAAACUAGAGAAGAAAUCAAGGAAACGAGAUCUGAAAUUAAGGAAACUAGGUCCGAGAUUAGAAAAGACUUAAAGAAGGAAUUAGAUAUCUUAGGGAAGAGAAUGGAUAAAAUCUCAACAGAUGUAUCUAAAACUCAAAAGGAUCUAGACACUUAUAAAGUAAAAAUACUAGAAUUAGAGAAAUCUAAUACAGACUUAGUACAAAAACAGGAGCAACAAUACUGGAAAGAUUUGAAUCAAGAAUUAAAAUAUAGGGAAAAAUCUAUUAAAAUCAGAGGGGUAAGUGAAAAACCUGGGGGAAAUUUAUUUGAACGUAUUGUUCCGUCUUUAGCUGAAUUUAUAGGUUUCUCUUUGGAAAGGACAGAAUGGGAGAUAGAUAAAAUCUUCAGAAUACAAUCUAGCCAAGCAAAGGAUAAGAAUUUGCCAAGAGACAUUGUGGUAAGUUGUGUGAGAUCCAGGAUUAGAGAUAUAAUAAUCCACAACAGUUACAAUAAUAAAUUGAUCAUAGAGGAUAAAGAAGCUAAGAUAUUUAAGGAUAUUCCACCGGCCGUUAUGUUGUCUCGUCAAAAAUACAGGACCUUGGUUAAUAUUUUGAAGAACUUAGGUAUUGACUUUAGGUGGGAGAGACUUGAAGGUCUCUCUUUCACUUAUCGUCAGAAAAGACACAAGAUUGACAAUAUUGAUGGAGCUAAAGAGAUGGAAGAAAGAUUAAGAAAGGACUUUAAAGAAAACAAAGGUGAUUUUGGACCUAACCGGUUUCGGAUGAGAGAAUGAAGAUCAAACGAAGUACGUAAUACUGAACCUAAAGAGGGAAGUAGCAGUGGAAACGAUCCAGAGAACACUAAAGAUCAAGAGAGUCAGGAUAAUAAAGAAAUAGGCACAUUGGAAACAAGUGGAAACUUAUUAGGAACCUUUUAAGAAGGAAUAAUAAGAGACUUAAAGGAAGUCCUUCUUAGAUCUCUAAUUCUUGAUUCAAUUAACUAAUUCCCCAAAAGAAGCUCUCAGCAGACUGUAAGAAGGAAUUGU